GCCGCGAAUGCGGUCAAAACCAAAACACACACCUACUCCGCGGCCCCCAGCUUCUCUUGUCAGCAGACUGACCGUCUUCCUGCAUUCGCUCCACCUUCGUCUCCUGGCUGCGGCCGAGAGCGGCGCUGCCAGCAGAUCGCGCCCGGCGGCCCCUUCGGCGAGCCCGGCGGACGAGGAGGAGGAGGAGGAGGAGGAGGAAGAGGAGGAGGUGAAGAAGAAGAAGCGGCGGGUGCUCUUCUCCAAGGCGCAGACGCUGGCGCUGGAGCGGCGCUUCCGGCAGCAGCGCUACCUCUCGGCGCCCGAGCGGGAGCACCUGGCCCACUUGCUGCCGCAGGACUAUGGCGUCGGCGGCGUCCAGGCGCCUCUCGGCCUGCCAGCCUGCCCGACUUUCCCUCCGGCCGCUUCCCUGAGCCUGAUCCCUUCCUAUCAGCACUUAGCGCCGCCGGCCCUGGUCUCCUGGAACUGGGGCUGA